AUGUCAAAACAUUCAGAUAAUGAUCAUUUACGUAAUGAUAUCUAUGAAAAUCUACCCUGUCAGGCUAUGUUCAAUGAGUCGGUACGUAAGAUACAACAGCAAAAAUCGGCUCAGGCUGCUGCACAUAAUCCCAAUAACAUCAAUUUGAAUAAGGCAUUGUCCCAACAAUUGCUGCUGAAUAAUAUCAGUAAUCAGGGUUCACAUUUGGUCAAUGUCAAUUUGGCUAAUUCCAAUUCAAAUUCGGCGCCCAAUAAUAAACAUCAAAAUGCGGUGGCGGCAGCGGCGGGGCGACAUGGCAUCAGUGUGGGACAAAUGCCCAAGGAAAUGAUCUAUGCCACACCUCUGCGUAAAUCGGAUCGUUAUAAAAGUGGUGAACGUAGCCGUUUGGCAGCGGCUGCCGCUUCCGCACGUCCCUUAAAUGAAAAUGAGCUGACGACGGGAACAACAGCAGCCGAUGUAAAGUUAAGCAAUAUUAUGGAUUAUAAACAAUUCAAUACGCCAAGGGAUAGUAAUCCUAGUAAUCGUAAUGGCAAUACGGUGGUACCCAUUACAGAUCUCGACGAUGAACCUGAUUCGGGUUGUACAUCCAGCAAUAUGUAUGCAAAUCGUGGAGUACCUUUGAACUGUGGCAAUGGUGGCCCCGGAAAUUCCACACCCAAUCAUCAGCUGGAAGACCGCAGAAUCUUAAAUUUCCUCAAAGAUACUACUCAACUGCAAAAGAAAAUGGAAAUAUCCGGCAAAGAUUGUCCCAACUCGAGUUUCUCCAAUUUGGCCCGUGAAGAACAUUUCGCCAAUUUGGUACAACAGAAUUUCCCCCUCGAGGUGGCACGUAAAAGUUUUGAUCCUGAAAAUGAAAUGGAAGCUGCCUUGGAGGGGGCCACCAAUGGUUUGGGCCUUGAAGAUACUUCCGAUAAUUUAGAAGUCUUCAUGCAAAAGAAAAUCUCACCCGACAAGGAGGUAAAUGGUUUUGGCGCCCAACGUGAAUACGGUCAUCAUCAUUCGCAGCAGCAGCAUCAUCAUCACCACCACCAUCAACAUCGUUAUGGUUCUAAGGUCUAUAUAAAUCGUGAAUGGGUCUUAAAGAAAAUAGCCAUGUGUUUGGAACAGAGAACGGCUGGGAAGAAAGCCAUACCGGGUCUCUUGGGACCCACGGCGGCAAAUGGGGGUAAAAAUGAAGCAGCCGGUGGAUUUAUGUCCUCCAGAGCCAAGGCGGCAGCCAUAUCUGCAUCCACCUAUAAUGGUUGUUUGGUUUUGGGUUCAAAUGGUUCGGGGAAAACCAGUAUUUGUCAGGCCAUAAUGAAUGGUAAUUCCGGCACAAGAGGUCUACUGAAUCGCAAGCUAUUGGCCUCCUAUCUCAUUGAGUCACAAAAUCCCGAAUGCCACAGCCUCUCGUUGUUUAUACGGAAAAUUGUGCUACAAAUCCUAAGUCAUUCGUCGUUAAUCGCCAAAGAUGAAAGCCAGCGUAUCAUUGAUGAAGGUUUCUCUUUUCUGCACGAUGAGGUCCAGCAACAGGAAUCGAAAUUGGAUGAGGCCAUGAAUAACAUUUCCUUGGAUGAAAAUGCCGAAGAUAUUCUUAUAGCCGAACUGAAGAGGGGUGCCAAAGAAUGUGAUAUUGCUGAACUGGAAAAUUUCCAUGAACGUCGCACCUCCACCUCGAAGAAGGGGGAAAAUUUACAAUUGAUGAGACAAAAAUCGGAACCUGUACCACCACAACAAAUGUCGGGUGGGGAUGAUGAGGAUCAUUUUACGGGAGAAGAUAAAAAAUGUUAUGGUACCCAUCCUCCAAAGGGUCAAAAGAAAAAAGCGCAUAAAGAAUAUGAUGAGAAUAAAGAUAAUGAUACGGAAAAAAUGAGAAAACGUGAAGAAUCCGAUAGGGAUUUACCCUCCUCGAGUAAAACCAGUCCGGGACGGAAAUCCAAAAUACCAGUUAAAUUAUCGCGGCCCGGUAACAUUGCCUCACCAGUAAAACAUAUUAACAGUAGCUUGAGUUUGCCGAAUAAUCAGAAUCAGCAUGCCUCGCCUCAGCAGGGUGGCGGAGAGGAUAUCGCCUCUGUGGCCAAUGAAGAUUUGAAACAGGAAAUUCAAGCAGCCAUACGGGAUGAGGGGGAGGACACUCAGGAACAACAUAAAGAAGAAGUGGAGAAACAAAACAACGAAGAUAAACCUGAGGCCGAUAAGGAUAUGAUGGAGGAGGAAUUUAAAAACAACAAACAACAAAAUACCGAAGCUAAGGAAAGUGAAAAAGAAAACGAUUUAAUUGAUUUUGAAACUAAAUCCAAGGACUCGCCGAAGGCAGAUGAGUAUGACGACUCAAAACCCGACCCAAUGGCCGGUGGCUGUUUCAAUACCCUACCACCACCCUUGCCUAAGACCAAAAGUUGCCGCACCAUUAUUGCCGAUGGCUAUUAUGAAAUGUUACUUUCCAAUCCGGAGAUAUUUGAAUGCCUAACUGUGGAUAAUAUCGAAAAGAAUCCCGAUGAGUGUUUCAAAAAGGCCAUAUUGUUCCCUUUGCUGGAAUUGACACCACCCAAAACAGCUUUGCUGCUGCUAAUCGAUUCCAUUGAUGAGAAUUACAUUAAUGAGGGAAAUUUGAUAUCCACCCUGAAGGGAGGACGUGGCGGAGGUACCACCCAUAAAAGUCGCAAUGUGGCCGAGUUGCUAUCGAACCACAUUCACCUCUUCCCCAAGUGGCUAUUCUUGGUUUGUACAACCAAGAAGCAAACCAAACAAAUUACCCGCAUGUUUUCGGGUUUCAAGAAAAUCACCCUAGAUGAUCUGCGAAAAUCACAUGUGGUCAAAGAUGUCCAGGAGUACAUUAUAAAUCGUUUGAAUUCCGAUUUUAAGGAUAGCAUUAUGCUGACCAAGGAAAUUAUCGAAUCGCUACAUCAACUCUAUAUCAAAUCGAAUGGUUGUAUUUUAUAUUUGGAAAAAGUUUUGAAUGGCAUCAAAGAGAAUUUCUUUAGUUUCCGUGAGAUCAAACUGAUACCCUGUACCCUGAAUGGCCUGUAUUUGUAUAUAUGCCAGAAAUCGUUUAAUAAAAAGCAAUAUAUGAAAAUACGGCCAGUACUGAAUGUCCUGCUAGCCUCUUCGGGCUAUGUCGACAAACUGUUCCUGUUCAAUUGCCUGAGGACCCACAACUACACCAUCGACAAUGAGGAGUUUGAAAAACGUCUGCAUCUAAUGAAGAAUAUUCUGCUCUACGAUAGUGAUCAGAAGCGAUUGAAAAUAUUCCACAAUUCCUUUUCGGAUUGGUUGGUUGAUGUCAAGUUUGCCACCAAGAAAUUUAUUUGCGAUGUCAAUGAGGGUCAUGUCAUGAUUUCUUUGUAUUAUCUUCUGGUCGCUGAGACCCUUUGUGCCAAUACUGUACGGAAGUUCAUUUAUCACCUUAUCAAAUCGGGGGAGUAUCUCACCAAUCGCAACAUAGAUUUGGAUAUGAUUUUAAUGCUGCUGGAGUCAAGGGUAAAUCUGAACGAUUGCUUCUACACGAAUCACCUGAAUUGCUGCUCUAUGUGUGAAUUGGAUUUUAAAAAUGAUCCCAACUUCUUACCCAAAACUCGCAACAUGAUUGAGAAAUUCCUAAACAACGAAUUGUGUGAUGAAUUUUCACAGCUGCUGUGUGAUUUCUUUAAACCCAGUCUACCGACAGAUGCCAAGAUACUCAAGUUGCUGAUUGAGACUGGGAUCAAUAAUGCCGAUAACCAAACAUCUUGCGAAUCGUCGCUAAUGUCUCCCGAACUUUCCGAAAGAUCACAAAAUAUUGAUUUUGAAUUGGCGGAUUUGCUGAUUUCCAGUGAGCGUUCAUGUAUUAUGGAAACUCAAAGGCCGUCUAGUCCUUCGGAAAAAAGUGAGCCUCAUCAUGAGAGUCAGGAGGAUAAUGCCUCCUCCACACUGCAUCAACUAUCUGACUCCAAUCGCAUCGAAUUGCACAAGGGCAAGGCUUUAAUACACAUUCUAGCCAAUGAUGGUAAUCAUUUGUUGCUCGAGAGGGCCCUGAAUGCCUGUAAAGGACCCAUUGAUCUCGAAAUAGAAGAUUAUAAUGGACAAACUGCUCUGAAUAUUGCUGCACGAAAUGGCCACUUGGAUGUUGUCAAAUUGUUGCUGAAUUUCUCCCAACCCUGCAAUGAUGGUACCGGACGCAUGAAACGUGUUGAUGUCAAUCAUGCCGAUCGUGAUGGUUGGACGCCACUACGUUCAGCCUCCUGGGGUGGUCACACCGAGGUUGUCAAACUACUCAUUGCCCAUCCGGCGUGUAAAAUUGACUUAGCCGAUAAGGAGGGCCGUACCGCUUUACGUGCAGCUGCCUGGAGUGGCCACGAGGAUAUACUCAAAAUCCUAAUUGAACAUGGUGCUGAUGUUAAUUCCGUUGAUCGUCAGGGGCGCACAUCUCUCAUUGCGGCUUCGUAUAUGGGUCACUAUGACAUUGUUGAAAUCCUGCUGGAAAAUGGUGCCAAUGUUAAUCAUUUGGAUUUAGAUGGUCGCAGUGCCCUCUGUGUUGCCGCAUUGUGUGGCUCCUCAGGUUAUAGCAAAGUUAUAUCCACACUUCUUGAGCAUGGUGCCAAUACCGAUCAGCUGGACAAUGAUGGCAUGUCCCCGCUCUUGGUUAGCUCCUUUGAAGGCAAUGCCGAAGUGUGUGAACUCCUAUUGGAAAAUGGUGCUGAUCCUGAUUUGGCCGACUUUAUGGGUCGUACUCCCCUAUGGGCUGCCUGUACCGCCGGCCAUGCCAAUGUUGUAAAACUUCUACUAUUCUGGGGUUGUGGCAUCGACUGCAUGGAUUCCGAGGGUAGAACGGUGCUCAGCAUAGCUGCUGCUCAGGGAAAUAUUGAAACAGUACGUCAACUGCUCGACCGUGGCCUCGACGAAACACAUCGUGAUAAUGCCGGCUGGACACCGCUGCACUAUGCCGCCUUUGAGGGUUUCCAUGAAGUGUGCCUGCAACUACUCGAAUCGGGCGCCAAAAUUGAUGAAUGCGAUAAUGAGGGUAAAACCGCUCUACAUUUAGCCGCUCAGGAAGGACGCACCCAGUGUGUACAGGUUCUACUCGAAUGCCUGUCGACAUUUGUCGACCAGAAGGCACACGAUGGCAAGACAGCUUUUCGUUUGGCCUGCAUUGAAGGUCAUUUGGAAACGGUACAAUAUUUGCUGAAAUAUAAUUGCGAUGUUAAUUCGAAAGAUGCGGAUUCGCGUACGACACUCUACAUUCUGGCAUUGGAAAAUAAAUUGGAAAUGGUGAAGUAUUUAUUGGAAUUCACCGAUGUUGAUGUGAACAUUUCGGAUAGUGAGGGUCGAACGGCUCUACAUGUGGCUGCCUGGCAGGGUCAUGCGGAAAUGGUUAAAAUGCUAAUCACUUUGG